AUGCCAGAAUGAACACUUAUAGGAGUUUUAGCUUUAGAAUUCGUAAUAAAUUCGUCGAAUUCAAAUAUUGCACCUUAUCUUCCCAGACUGGCUAGCCAUAAAGGUCUUUCAAGCUGAGAUACUGGAAUAAUUAUUGCAUCUACUCCUUUAGCAGCCUGUCUCUGCUUGCCCAUCUAUGGCACUCUUAUGGCGAAAAUAGGCCGAAAGAAAAUCCUCCUUACUUGUAUUGGAUUUGAAGUAAAAAAAAUAUAGGUUUUGAAUAUAGCAAUUCUUUCAACCUUGCCAGAAUAUGAUACGACAUCAUUCAUAGUGAUAGGAAUAAUCAUUAGAUGCAUCGAAGGAUUUUCAUCAGCUGGGAUAAGCGCUAUGUCACUAGGAAUCCUUACAAAUGCAUAUAAAGACAAAAUCUCUCAGGUUAUUGGCAUGCAACAAGCAGUUAUAGGAAUUAGUUUAAUUCUUGGGCCGAUAAUUGGAUCUGUGCUAUAUCGAAUUGGGGAAUUUACUGCUAUUUUUCUAACUUAUUCAGUAUUUUUAUUAUUGAUGAUACCGCUGAUAUUUUGGUCUGUCCCAAAGGAUUCUCCUUAUGAAAAUCCACCUAUCCCUGUAUCAUGAAAUGCAAUUUUAAAAAUGAGGACUACGCUAAUGGAUUUCAUUAGUAUAUUUAUUGCUUAUUUUGCAAGCUCUUCAAUUGAUCCGACAUUGAGCAAUUUUAUCACAAAUAAUUUCUCUAUAAGCGAUGCAAAUGUUGGGUUUUUCUUCUGUAUUACUACAUCAUGCUUUACAGUUUCUAUUUUGAUCUUAAGUCGAUUUAAAGGAGUUUUAAAGUACAAAGUGCUCAUACUGUUAAAUUUACUUAUUUUAGCAUUUUCUUUAUUUGCAAUAGGGCCGAUAUCAGUUUUGCAUAUACCUCCGAAUUUUGCAAAUCUAUCAUUAUCACUUGCUUUAAUUGGGAUAGGGUUAUCAUUCGGAAUGGUUAGCUUUUUGCCUGACAUGGCUGCUGAUGCUUUUAUGAAGGCGCCAUAUUUAGAAAAAUCACAUGUAUUAGAUAAAUUGUCUGCUCUCUUAGCUUUAGGUGUAUGAUCUGGGAGAGCUGCAGGUCCACCAAUAUCUGGGUAUUUGCGAGACCAUAUGGAAUUUCAAGAUUCAGAAGCAAUUAUAGGCUUUGUGGUGUUUAUAUAUAUGUUUGCAUUUGGAAUUUAUGGUGGAGGAUUCCAGCUUAUCAAAAACAUUAAAAAGAAAGCAAAUAGAAUCGAGGCAAUUCUUAUAGAAAGUGAAAUGAUUGAAGCCAAACGAUCUUUUUAUUACCUAGAAGAAGAGGAAACAUUUUAA